CGCAACUACUUCCAAUACCAACUGCACGGUCUUCUACUUCUAAUCAAAUUCCAUGUCAAACCCAAUUAUGGAGUAAUCAAAUAUAUUUUUAUAUAUAAAUAUUUCUUCGAUUUUGACCUCUGUUCAAACUCUUCAAUGGCUUCCAUCUCAGGAAUUUGCUUCUCUUCACCGUCGCUCAAACCCCACAAAAAGCCCUUCCUCAGAGCCUCUGCCGCCUUCUCACUACCAAGACACUCCCUUUCCUUCCCGACUCGUUCUCCUCGAAUCGCUACCGCUCAGUCCGUGGCUCGGGAGAUUUCGGCUGACUUGUCCAAGUCCGAUGGAUCUGCUUUUCCGACGAAGAAGAAGGGGUUGGAGAAAGACCCCUGCGAGCUUUGGCGGAGGUACGUUGAUUGGCUGUAUCAGCAUAAAGACCUCGGUUUGCUCCUCGAUGUGAGUCGGGUCGGGUUCACCGACGAGUUCGUUGACCAGAUGGAGCCCCGAUUACAGGCCGCUUUUAAGGCCAUGGAGGACCUUGAGAAGGGUGCGAUUGCUAACCCCGACGAGGGUCGGAUGGUCGGCCAUUAUUGGCUCAGGAGCCCUGACCGCGCCCCCAACUCGUUUUUGAAGUCACAGAUUGAGAACACGCUCGAUGCUGUGUGCGAUUUCGCCGACGAUGUCGUCAGUGGUAAGAUUAAGCCACCCUCAGGGGGUCGCUUUACUCAGAUUCUUUCUGUGGGUAUUGGUGGUUCUGCUCUUGGACCACAGUUUGUUGCAGAGGCACUGGCUCCUGAUAAUCCUCCUCUUAAGAUAAGAUUUAUCGACAAUACCGAUCCAGCAGGAAUUGAUCAUCAGAUUGCACAGCUUGGGCCGGAGUUGGCAUCUACACUUGUCAUAGUGAUUUCUAAGAGUGGAGGUACUCCUGAAACUAGAAAUGGCUUAUUGGAAGUACAAAAGGCCUUUCGUGAAGCCGGCUUGGAGUUUGCAAAACAGGGUGUUGCCAUAACACAAGAAAAUUCGUUACUUGACAACACUGCAAGAAUUGAGGGCUGGUUAGCUAGAUUUCCCAUGUUUGACUGGGUAGGUGGUAGGACAUCUGAAAUGUCUGCUGUCGGUCUUCUUCCAGCGGCACUACAGGGAAUUAACAUUAGAGAAAUGCUUGCGGGUGCAGCAUUGAUGGAUGACGCAAACAGAAUUACUGUGGUGAAAGAUAACCCCGCAGCAUUGCUUGCAUUGAGCUGGUAUUGGGCUUGUGAUGGAGUAGGAUCCAAGGAUAUGGUUGUGCUUCCAUACAAGGACAGCCUGUUGUUAUUUAGUCGGUAUCUCCAGCAGCUAGUCAUGGAAUCUCUUGGGAAAGAGUUUGAUCUUGAUGGUGAUCGGGUAAAUCAAGGAUUGACUGUCUAUGGAAACAAAGGGAGCACAGAUCAGCACGCCUACAUACAGCAACUGAGAGAAGGUGUGCACAAUUUUUUUGUGACUUUCAUUGAGGUACUAAGAGAUAGGCCCCUUGGUCAUGACUGGGAGCUUGAACCAGGUGUUACAUGUGGUGACUACCUUUUUGGAAUGCUACAGGGUACAAGAUCAGCUCUAUAUGCAAAUGAUCGGGAAUCAAUCACGGUUACUGUACAAGAAGUGACACCUAAAACUGUAGGUGCUCUAGUAGCUCUCUAUGAAAGAGCAGUAGGGAUAUAUGCCUCGGUUGUGAACAUUAAUGCGUACCACCAACCUGGUGUGGAAGCUGGGAAGAAGGCAGCUGGAGAAGUGCUGGCUCUUCAGAAGCGGGUUUUGCAAGUACUUAAUGAGGCCAGCUGUAAAGAGCCAGUGGAGCCAUUGACUUUGGACGAAGUUGCCCAACGUUGCCAUGCUCCUGAAGAUAUCGAAAUGAUUUACAAGAUUAUUGCCCAUAUGGCUGCCAAUGACAGAGCACUAAUCGCCGAAGGCACCUGUGGUUCGCCGCGUGGCUUCAAAGUUUUCCUUGGGGAGUGUAAUGUUGAUGAGUUGUAUGCUUAAAUUCAUUUCCGUUUAGUAUGCAUGCCAUGCCGCCUUAAUUUAAAAAAAGAAAUCAAGUAAGUUGUUUGAACUCAUGGAUUUUGUUAAAUUAAGUUGAAAAUAAAAUUCUAUUCAUGUUUAAUUCGUGUUGUAGUUUAUGAACACAAAUAAGAUCCAAGAUAAAUUAUUUGGAA